AUGGCCAAUGUCACCUUGGUGACAGGAUUUCUUCUUAUGGGGUUUUCUAAUAUCCAGAAGCUGCAGAUUUUAUAUGGUGUGCUCUUCCUACUGAUUUACCUGGCAGCCCUAAUGAGUAACCCUCUCAUCAUUACUCUCAUUACCCUGGACGUAAAGCUCCAAACACCCAUGUACUUCUUCCUGAAGAACUUAUCCUUUUUGGAUGUCUUCCUGGUGUCUUUUCCGAUCCCAAAAUUCAUUGUCAACAACCUAACCCACAAUUCCAUUUCCAUUCUAGGAUGUGCCUUCCAGCUACUUUUAAUGACUUCCUUCUCAGCAGGAGAGAUAUUUAUCCUCACUGCCAUGUCCUAUGACCACUAUGUAGCCAUCUGCUGUCCCCUGAACUACGAGGUAAUCAUGAAUACUGGCGUCUGUGUGUUAAUGGCAAGUGUUUCCUGGGCCAUUGGAGGGCUCUUUGGUACUGUGUACACAGCUGGCACAUUUUCCAUGCCUUUCUGUGGCUCCAGUGUGAUUCCACAGUUUUUCUGUGAUGUUCCUUCAUUACUAAGGAUUUCCUGUUCUGAAACACUCACGGUAAUUUAUGCAGGUAUUGGAGUUGGUGCGUGUUUAAGCAUUUCUUGUUUCAUCUGUAUUGUGAUCUCUUACAUUUAUAUCUUCUCCACUGUACUGAAGAUCCCUACCACUAAAGGUCAGUCCACUUUUUCCACAUGCUUCCCCCAUCUCAUUGUUUUCACUGUUUUUAUCAUAACUGCUUAUUUUGUUUAUCUUAAGCCACCUUCAAAUUCACCAUCUGUUAUUGACAGGCUGCUUUCUGUGAUCUACACUGUGAUGCCUCCAGUAUUUAACCCUGUAACCUACAGCCUGCGGAACAAUGACACGAAAUGUGCUCUGAUAAGGUUGUUGCAGAAAACAUAUGGUCAGGAGGCUUACUUCAUUUAA